ACUUGUGGUGAGUAGCGUAAUCAAGGCAACAUUUGUGUGAGCGAGAUGCAUUGUCUGCGCGAAUAUUCGUGCUCUCUCGCUCACACUUUUAAUUUUUGGUAAUUUCCUCGCAUUUUCCGGGUUGUUUUCCCGUCCGGAUGUAAUUUUUGGGGUGUAGGAAGCGCCCCCGCGUCGUUUGGCACCAAAAACGGUGAAAAUUCAAAAAUAUUUAAUUUAUUUCUUGGAGAAAAAGAGAAAGAUCGUUUCGAAACUUUGUGACGUCUCGCUCCCACACUGUCAAUUUUGCUGUGUAAGUGAGACGCAUUGCUGCAAAAUCUUCGCUUUCUCUCGCUCGCACUUUCUGUUUUUAACGAUUUUCUCGCAUUUUCCGCCAAAUUUUCCAUCCUGGUGUGGUUUUUCGAGCGUAGGAGGCGAUGUCGCGUCGUUUGGCAUCAAAAAAGUAGAAAAAAAAAUUUUCCCAGAGUGUAAAAAGCCAAAAAAUGAAAUAGCAACAAUAACAGUUCCUCUCGCUCGCACAUCGUCUACUCAAGCAUCAGGUGUCGUAUUGUUGCCAUGUAAGCUAAUUUCGCCGACGAUUUUAGGCAAAAAACAAUUUUUUCUCCAAAAAAAAAAAUCGUCUGAAAAAGUGAGAUUUUGUACCCCAAAAAGCGCCCCAAAAACCAUGCCUAGUGACUACGGAGAGUGUUUUGUAGUGCUGCAACCAUUUGCCGAGAAUGGGGGCGCUAUUUACGGCCGUAAUUCCUACGAUACAACCAACGAAGUGACGGAAGUUCUGUACUUUCCGGCAAAAGAUGAUGACUCAGGGCCAAAAAAGUGUACUGCAGUGGAGGUGGAUGGGGCACCGGCACGAGCUGUAAUCUUCAGUGCACCAGCUAGUGUAGGUGGAGGCGCCGGCAGUGGGGCUAAUGAUAAAGGGGUUGCUAUUGGGUUGUGUUUUGCUGAGAAUGAAGCCUCAGAUGGUGCCCUCGUGGCCAUGGACUUGGUCAGACUUGGUCUCGAACGUGGUGCAACGGCCUGCGAAGCUGUGGAAGCAAUUGGGGCUCUUGUGGAGAAGUAUGCUGCUGCAGAGGGUGAUUCAGCAGCACCCAGGAGCUCCUUCGUUGUCUGUGAUGCGAAGGAAGCGUGGUUUAUCAGCGUUGUUGGCAAUCUCUGGGCUGCUGAGCAGAUUACAGAGGGCUUUCGUGCAUCUCCAAGAGGCCUCAAUGUCACCACGAAGAUCGACAAGUGCUCUUCGGAUCUCCGGGAGAAGGUACAGAGUCUUGGCGUGUGGGAUGGCAGUGGCGAAUUGAAUUUUGCCACCUGCUUCGGUUCCUCCUCCACUGCCGAGGCAACUUUCCCCAUUAAUACCCCAUCAGCUGAGGCAGCCUUUACGCUACCGCACAUGUUCCAGCUUCUACGGGCUGAUGACCUACAUCAGGACACCGUUGUGUCCAGCCAUGUGUCUUCACUCUCACCCUCAGGGGUGUCUUGUCAUUGGUUCACAGCAACCCCCAAUACGCGUGAAUCAGUCUUCAAGCCAUUCGUCUUCACGGCAAAUGCCCGAAUCUCCCCACUCACGACCCUCGAUGCCAGCAAGAGUGAUCAAACGCUCCUCUUCAAGUACCACCAUGGACGCAAUUGGGCUGCUGUUGGGAAUCUCCUGGCAUCCCUGGAAGAAACGUGCGUGGCCGAAGUGAAGGAUGUUCUGGCAACAAUCUCCGACGCCGAAGGUCACGAAUUGGAUGACCUGAUGAAGGACUGCGUGGAAGCCGAAGUUAAAUUCUAUCGCUAAGGCCCUCUCGUGGGGGUUUGUGUCUAAGAUUCUUCUAGCAGUUUUGUGUGAGAUUCCGUAGCAUUUGCAAAUGCUUCAGUAUUUUCAGCACGGGACUGUACCUUUCUCCACACAUUUUUUUUAUUUGAUUUAUUUUUGCCACACUCGCAUUUCGCGAGGAAGUGAUUUUUUUUAUAGACUUACUUGACUUUGUGAUUUAUUGCAUUCCAAAUGUUUAUUUUACCUUUUUUUUUAAAUUGAUUAUUAUAUUUUUCAAGUGAAAUUCAUCUCUCACCAUAGAGGAAAAAAUUAUUUUCUCUCUGCAAUUGUUUCCCUGCUUUUGCAAAUAAAUGCUCUCUAAUGUGCGAGCACUCUGCAAAGUAACCACAAGCAGUGUAUGAAGUAUUAUUUACACAAUUAUUGACGUAAUAAAAUGCAUUGAAACAGCGUAUUGGAUAAUAAUGAUUCGAGGGCAUUUUUGGGAAUAAAAAAUUAUUUAUUUUUUGAAUGAAAAAAGCACAAAAAAUGCAUUUAAAAGUAAAUAUGCGAAUGAUGCUAAAAAAAACUCGCCUUCAUCGUAUUUACUAUUAAUAAAAAAAUGAUAAAAAAUAUAUAAAUAUAGAGCUUCUGGGUGAGCUGACAAUGAUGCGAUAUUAUUCUUGAUAUUAUAAUUAAUAAAUAUAUACAUAUUAUAUAUACCUUAUCACG